CAUGAUGAACCUUUAAAUAGAUACACCCCUAAUGGAAUAGCAGCGUGUAGAUCUGGAUCCAUUUUGGUUAGUCUCUGGAACCAUCAGGUGCAUGACCGUUCAUUAGGUAAAGUACUCAAGUUAUCUCAGACUGGAAGUAAACUCCUUGAAAUUGAAACAGACAAGAAUAGGCCACUUUUUAUUUGUCCGACCUAUAUAGCAGAAAACAGAAACGGAGACAUCUGCGUUUCUGAUGUGAACGCCGUGGUCGUCACAGACGCCGGUGGCCUUCUCAGAUUCCGGUACACAGGAACACAAAGUGACCCUCAGUUUGACCCAUACGGUAUUUGUUGUUAUUCCAGGAAAAACAUAAUUAUAGCGGACAUGCUGAAAAACAGAAUUCAUAUGAUCGAUCAAAACGGGAAUCUGAUUCACUUCAUUCAUUACAACCACGUGCAUAUGCCGCGUGCGCUACGUAUAGAUAAACAUGACAACCUGUAUGUCGGAGAAUGGUUAUCUGAAGAAAUCAAAGUCCUCUCACUUCAAUGAUUUAAAGUC